AUGAACCCGCGAAAGAUCCGGACCUGCCAAUUCCUCAUCGACUACCAUGAGGGCCACGGCGACAAGGAAAUCGUCUUCUCCGACAACGUGUACGCGCUAUGGCACGUCGCGGUCGCCCUGAAGAAGGUCUGCAUCUGCGGCUCGACCACCAACUCCGAGCGCGUCCAGAUCCUCGACAACUCGACCACCAACUCCGAGCGCGUCCAGAUCCUCGACAACUUCAUGUACAACCCCGACAUAUCCUCGCACUACGGCUCGCGGAGGCAGGAGGCCCAGCGGCUCGGGCGCAUCCUCCGCGCGAAGCGCCGGUCCGACGAAGGGUUCAACGCCUUCUUCUACUCCCUGGUGUCGAGGGACACCGCGGAGAUGUACUACUCGACCAGGCGCCAGGCGUUCUUGGUGGACCAAGGGUACUCGUUCAGGGUGAUCACGCACCUCGCCGGGAUGGACGAGAAGUCUGGUCUUGUAUUCUCUACGCCGCAACAGCGAAACGAGCUUUUGAAACAGGUUGUGGGAGACACUCUGGCGAAGCGAGUCAUCGACGAUCAACAAGGGGAAGGAGAGGGCGACUUGUUCUAG